AUGACUGAUUCACUGUAUUCGGGUUUUGUGUUGUUUAUUUUGUUGGUCGUCUGUUCUAGCAUUCCUGUACCUCGGAAACAGACUGAUGUCAAGGAUUCCUCGCAAAUCACGCUAAGAACUGAUGAAAUCGCGAGAUCUGGCCAGACGCAUUCUGGAGUGCCGGCUCCGAGUAUGGGUUUAGGUUCAGGUGAGCGCCAUUUUAUAUUUUGCUUAUUGUUCGAAACUUUACGUUGCUUGUCUGUAUCACACUGAAAGUGCAAGAUUAACGCCUGUAUUCUAAAAGCUCACUCACGCUCAAUGAGUGGAGGUUCAAUCUGAGCUUCCCUUGAGUGUCAAUGCUGUUUUUGAAUAGCUGGAGGGUGAGUAGUCACAUAGUAAGGUACGACACUAACCCUCCAGCUGUUCAAAAACAGCACUGAAACUCGAGAGAAGCUCAGAUUGAACCUCCACUCAUUGAGUGUGAGUGAGCUGUAAGAAUACAGGCGUAUGUGAUCGUCGUACGAAUUUCAUCAGAUCUGAUUUUGUUUUGCAAACCAAAUUCACUAGUUUCGCAAAGCUUUGGCAAUUGACCAUUUGCGUAAUAGACUAAAUUUUGAUCUCAACAAAAAUUUCAUCACAGCUUGAAAGAACAUCACAAAAUUAGUAAUAUUCCAAAGUUUCGUUGCGAAAUGUUGUAAAAUGCGGAAAAUAUAGCCUUGCGAAGUUUUCAAUUUUCAGUCAUUUUAGAUUACAAACGGGAAAUUGACAGCCCCAAACCCUUCGAGGCUGUCAAUUUCCCGUUUGUAAUCUAAAAUGACUGAAAAUUGCAAAUUUCACAAGGCUAUAUUUUCCGCAUUUUGUAACAUUUUGCAACGAAACUUUGGAAUAUUACUACUUUUGUGAUGCUCCUUCAAGCUGUGAUGAAAUUUUUGUCUAGACUUGUUUAGUUCAAAAUUUAGUCUAUUACGCAAAUGGUCAAUUCGUAAACCAGGAUUUUCAUCUGCAAAUAACGGAUACGAAGUUUGCGUUGUAAAGAAAUGUGCUUUCACUACACAAGUUAGAGAUAUCGCCGUACAAGGAAUUUGUUUGCAAUUCAAUUGGAAAAACGCAGUGCAUAGUAAAUUACCUAAUAUGAACACGUUUUGUGAUUGGUUCUCUGAACGAAACUGCCAGUGUUUAUGGCUUGAUCUUUAGCAAGAUCAUCUCCAUAGUAAAUUGUCUUUUAUUAUUAUGAUCAACCAAUCACAAAGCUUGUUCAUGUAGGUACGGGGCGACCCGAAUUAAGCGCAUACUGCGCUCUCUUCGUAACCCAUUGAGCGUCAGCGCUUCCGCCUUUACGAGUAAAAUCGUCUGGCAUUAGACAGCAAAAAAAUUCGACCGUAACUUCGGAAAUGGAACACAACCAGGAAUGCAUCCAAGUCGCAUUUCUCGUUUUAUCUGAGCAAUUUUGUAUGUUGAACAGCUUAAUCCUGGGUUAACCAAGACGAUUUUUAUAAAAUUUCUGGAAAACUUGUUUAAACCAAUAAAAUGUGUAUUUUCUAUUUAACUUUGGAUUAACUUAACGGAUUAACUUUUAACUUUGUACUGGGAUGGAUCCAGCAUGAUCUGGUAGGUGCUUUGCCAGCUCUGCUGCCGAGUUGUGUCGGUCAUGUGCACCGCCCGCCCAUCAACUUGCUUGACUACUGCAAAGUCUUGCUUGACUACUGUAAAGUCUUGCUUGACUACGUACUGCAAAGUCUUGCUUGACUACUGUAUUUAAAUUGUAAAUGUUGUUCACAGUUCGUUUAUCAUCAUGUUAAUUAUUACUCAAAUUACAGUAUCUCAUUUUGUCUCUAAUAUUUUUUUGCUUUAUCAUAAAAAUAGCAGUAAAUCUGCCCAGUAAAUCCACCCCUGACUUUAUACUAAUCCAGGUUUGAACAAUUGGCCCCUGAAAAUGUCCUAUUCUCUUUCAAGAUGUUAAACCACAAGCAUCAAGAAACAUCAAAGCUUCAAGAAGAGACGAGACAAACAUGGACGAAACUGUAGAAGAAAACGACGAUGAGCAAGAAAAGGAUGACGAGGAUGACACGAAGGUGAACGAUGAUAGCUUGAUGAACGGCCAGUCUGAUACGAACUCUGUCGAAGACGACGCGAGCAAACCAAUCAUAAAGGUGGAUGAACCCGAGGCGAAGAAGUUGAAAGGUGACGAAAGUUUAGAAGGUGAUGAUGGAAUGAAGAGCGAGACAAUCGCGAGUUUUACAAAUGAUUUGGAACAGAGUCGAAAUGAUUUGGAGAACGAUGGCAAUUCUGUUGUCACUACAGGCGCUUUGAAUGAUGAGGGGAAAACUACAUCACUGAAGAAUGGUAAGUUAUUGAACCACUGCAUCAGUUGGUUUCGCGUUUCGGCAGUGGGUCUUUUGAAACGUAUAGGAAUAUGAGAUUAGACUACAUCUCCAUUUUUUUCUUUCAAAUACAAGAUUUACUAGAUAUCAUGUAUGUAAAACUUUAUUUAAUGACGCUAGCCUUGUCAACAGUAAUAGUUGAUUUCCACAAGGGGCGUCACUAACACAAGAAAAAGAUAUUUACAAAGAGAGAAAAAUAUAAAUAUAAAGCUAUUUACGGGAGAUUUAUAAAAGGAAAUUAAAUGGACCAUUUGCAUUAUAGACUAAAUUUUGAUCUAAACAAGUCUAGAUAAAAAUUUCAUCACAGCUUGAAAGACCAUCACAAAAUUAGUAAUAUUCCGAAGUUUCGUUGCGAAAUGUUGUAAUUAAAAUGCGGAUAAUAUAGCCUUGCGAAGUUCGCCGUUUUUCAGUCAUUUGGUAUUACGCGGGGGAAAUUGACAGCCCAAUACCCUUUGGGACUGUUAAUUUCCCGUUUGUAAUGCAAAAUAACUGAAAAACGGCAAACUUCGCAAGGCUAUAUUGUCCGCAUUUUACAACAUUUCGCAAUGAAACUUUGGAAUGUUACUAAUUUUGUGAUGCUCUUCCAAGCUGUGAUGAAAUUGUUGUAUAGACUUGUUUAGAUCAAAAUUUAGUCUAUAAUGCAAAUGGUCCAUUGAUGUGACCCGGUCGUAUAUUAAGAUCUAUAAUUGAUUCUAUCUAACAAUAUAAUUGUUUUACAAAGUCAUAUUUUACAAAUCGUGAAAAUAAUUGUUUUACAAAUCAUGAAAAUAUUUUAUCACUCUGAUAACUGCUGAUUGUAUACCAUCUGCUGGCACGAUUGCGCAAGAGCUUCAUAAAUUGUUUAAAUUAAUUUCUUAUUCUCAAUGUAGACAAGAAUAAUUACGAAAGUUUGGAAGGAGAUAGUCUGGACACCAAGGACACUGACAGUUCGUUUGAUGGAAGCAAUGGUCAGAAAUCUAAAGGUAAAACUGAUGUUGCUACUCAUUCCGGGAGCGAUAGUGCUAUGGACUCUGAUGGUGGCAAUGAUGGUGACAGUACCAGUGACAGUGAGAGUAAUGGUCACACGGCUGAUGAGUCAGAUAAGUAUAGUUCAAGUGACAUUAAUAAUGAUGAUUCAUCCAGUACUAAUAAUGGUGGUUCAUCCACUACAAAUGGUGGUACUUCCAGUACUAAUAAUGGUGAUUCAUCUAUCAACAGUGCUGAUGAAUCUUCCACAGAUAACAAUGGUGAUUUAAUGAGUAAUAGUGGUGAUACAAGCACCACCAGUAAACCAGAUACCAGUAACUAUGGUACUCCGAGUGAAUCUGAUGAUGCAUUAAAUAAUGAUGUUACUCCUACCAGUGCAAGUACCAACACAGAUGGUACUACUGGUAUUUCGGACAGUGAAAGUACCAGCAGUUUGGAUGGUGACAUGGACUCUGAAACUAAGGGCACCACAAGCAAUUUUAGUGAUGACAGCAGUUUAGAUUCUGAAUCCAAUUUUGGUUCCAAAAGUACCAGUAGGUCUGGAGGGGAGAGCAACUCUGGAAAUGAUGGUGAUACCAGUUUGGACGGCGAAAACAAUUCAGAAUUUGGUGCCAGUAAUUCUGAUGGUGCCAGUAAUUCUGAUGGUGCCAGUAAUUCUGAUGGUGAAACUAAUUCUGAUGGUGACAGUAAUGAUGAGGCCAGCAAUUCUAACAGUGAGAGUACCAAUAACUUUGCUGGUACCAGUCACUCUGCCAGUGAAACCAGUGCUUCUGAUGGUGCCAGUACUCCUGCUAGUCACAGUACCAGUAAUUUUGAUGGCACUCAAAAAUCUGAGAAUGAAAAUACCAACACUUUUGAUGGUCUUGACAGUGAAGAUGGCAAUUCAUCUGAUGUUGUCAACGAUGCAGAUAGCUUUGAUAGCAGCAGCAGUUAUGACAAGGAAACUUCUGGCGUAUCUGAUAGCAUUAAUUCUCUUGACGAUGAAAGUACCAAAACACUUAAUGGUGCCACCAAUUCUGACAGUGGAAGUACCGAUGAAUUAGAUAGUUCUGGCAAUUCUGACAAUGAAAAUUCAGGCAUAUCUGAUAGCAACAAUUCCCUUGACGAUGAAAGUAGCAAAAGUUUGAAUGAUGCCACUCAUUCUGACCGUGGAAGUACCAGCGAAUUAGAUAGUACCAGUAAUUCUGGAAGUGAAAGUUCCAGCUUAUCAGAUGGUACUACAAAUUCUGAAAGUGACAGUAUGGAUAGUACGAGCAAUUCUAACAGUGACAGUUCGGAGAAAUCUGAUUCCAAUAAUUCCCAGAAUGACGAUUCCUCAGAGAACUCGGAGUCGGUGAUGUCAGCCAAGGACACGCAUGAAACCAAGGCUAACGAUGCAUCUGUUAAUCAACCAAGCACACAAAAGGAUACUCCAAAACCCGAAGCAUUUACGUCACAAGCAUCUGACAAAGCUAGUCCCAGUCUCACAUCUGAAGGCCGAGCAGAGUCGGAGGAGAUUAGUAACAAAGCAUUAGAGAAUCAAGAUGACACCAUUAGUUACCAGACUCCCACUGAGGAAGAUGGUGAUGACGUAGUUAGUUACCAGACUCCAACUGAGGAGAACGGGGAUAACGAAAAUGAAGAGGAGUCCCAGACCUCUGAUAAUGAUCAGGGUAGUUCUCUUGGUACUACUGAAGCUGGAAGUAAUCAAGCAAUGGAAAGUAAGUAUUAAUGGUUUAUACUAUUAAAGUUUCUGUGAUCACAGUAGGAAUUUUGCAUAGAUAAAUUCUAAGUAAGAAAGUGUUUGAGGGAUCUGACUCACUGUUUAACACUGUUUCAGUUCUGACAAAUUAUAAAUAUAUAACUUGUCAAUAAAACAUGGACAGUCAACAACAUCAAAGACCAUUAAAAAUAUGUUAGGCUUAAAAAUAUGCACAUUUUCUCUCACUUCUUGACUAAGUGUGUUACUGUUUUACAAUCUUUAGCUGCAUAAAAUUCUCUUCUUUCCCCAGUUUCUUUUUGUAUUUGAGACUCUAAUUUUCUUCUUAUAUCGUCAGGUACAGCAGGAAGCCAGUCAGAUGGAAGUAACCCACCAGAAAAUCCGACAAGCACUUCACAAACAACAAAGAAACCGUCGGAUAAUGGUGAUGAUGAUUACUUCGAUAAGGAUGAUCAAGAUGACGAUGAUGAUGAUGUGGAUGAAAGUGAUCAAACAUCAAACCCCACCCCUACUGAGAGCGCAUCAGAUGAUGUAACUCCCAGCCCCAAUACAACUCCUACAAAUUCUGCCGUCUCCCCUAUGACCGAUAUAUCGACUGAAGAGUCAUCCACCUCUGCCCCAACUUCAUCCCUCGAAGAUUCUAGUCCUACUACACAAGAAACUCCGUCUACUCUAAAUGAUGAAAUGACCUCUGAAUUUGCCCAGAGUUCAGAUAGUAACUCCGCCUCUCAAAGUGAAACGUCUAGUGAAGAUAAUCCUACUACAGAGCAACCCUCAAGUACAGACUCCACCUCUACCCAAAAUACAGACUCUACCCAAAGUACAGACGAAACCCUCUCUGCAAAACUGGCUUCUUCUGAAUCAACCCAUAGCUCAGAUGACAACUCCGCCUCUCAAAGUGAAACGUCUAGUGAAGAUAGUCCUACUACAGAGCAACCCCCAAGUACAGACUCCACCUCUACCCAAAAUACAGACUCUACCCAAAGUACAGACGAAACCCUCUCUGCAAAACUGGCUUCUUCUGAAUCAACCCAUAGCUCAGAUGACAGCUCCGCCUCUCAAAGUGAAACGUCUAGUGAAGAUAGUCCUACUACAGCGCAACCCCCAAGUACAGACUCCACCUCUACCCAAAAUACAGACUCUACCCAAAGUACAGACGAGACUCUCUCUGCCAAACUGGCUUCUUCUGAAUCAACCCCCAGCUCAGAUGACAACCCAUCUUCCCAACGUGAAAAGUCUAGUGCAGAUAGCCCUACUACAGAGCAACCCCCAAGUACAGACUCCACCUCUACCCACAACACAGACUCUACCCAAAGUACAGAUGAGACUCUCUCUGCCAAACUGGCUUCUUCUGAAUCAACCCAGAGCUCAGAUGACAACCCCUCUUCCCAAAGUGAAACCUCUAGAACUGAAGAUGGUUCUACCUCCACCCCAUUUCCACCAGAUUCUACGAAACAACAAGGUGAUUCCAAAGAAGCGAGUGUCAAGAUUAGCCAAUCAGAACCGAAUAUUGCGAAUAUGGUGAACAGUGACAUGGGCGAUGACGAAGAAGACGAAUUAGAUGAUAGUGAUGAUGAUGAUGAUGAUAAUAAAAAUAAUAAUGAUGAUAGUACCAGCGGACAAGGUAUUUACCAUACAGUUAUUGUAUAAUACUAACGACAUUAUACUCCAACCUUCGAGAUAUCUUUACAUGACUGAACCGUAUUUUGUUUGUCGAUUUAUUGUAGAAUGCUACCUACACUGAACCACCACGUUUUGAGAUAUCUUUUUCAGGUAGCUCAGACACAAACCACGACAGAUUAUUGUAGAAUACUACCUACACUGGACUACCACGUUUAAGAUAUAUUUUUCAGAUAGUUCAGACACAAACCACGACAGCUUAUUGUAGAAUACUACCUACACUGGACCACCACGUUUGAAAUAUCUUCAUCAGGUAGUUCAGACACAAACUACGACAUAUUAUUGUAGAAUACUACCCACACUGAACCACCACGUUUUGAGAUAUCUUUUUCAGGUAGUUCAGAAACAAACCACGGCAGUUUAUUGUAGAAUACUACCUACACUGGACCACCACGUUUGAGAUAUAUUUUUCAGAUAGUUCAGGCACAAACCACGACAGCUUAUUGUAGAAUAUUACUUAGGGUCCGUGGACGUUGAUAUAAGAAAACCUACACCUGACAUUACAUAUUUUCUUUGUUUGCUUUAGUUUUCUCCGCCAAAUCUCACCGACAUCCCUUGGACGUCAAAUUAAUAGAUGACAUUGAUGAGAGGUUCGAUGACGCUGAGGAACGAAGCAAAAUACACGCCGCGCGUCGCAAACAUUUCCUGGGACAGGCUGUGCAUCCUAAACAUUUGAUAGGCCUAGGACCUAGUGGGGGCGCUAUGGGUUAUGGAGGACAUGGGGCAUAUGGAGGACAUGGUAAGAUAGGAUCAUGAGAAGAUUUUUGUGGUACUUCUAAGCACUAGUGAGCAUAUUUGUACCACUUAACUAAACUGGAUAACUCUAUCAGUUCUAAACUGUUCUUCCUAGAGGUCCAGUAAGGGUCAUUUCUUAUUGAUCCAGUGUUAGCACAAGAGGAAACCUAAACUAAACUAACUUUAUUUAUAUUGGACAGUUCUAUCAGUUCUAAACUGUUCUCCAUAGAGGUCCAGUAAGGAUUACCUCUUAUUGAUCCAGUGUUACCACAGAAGGAAACCUAAACUAGGAAGAACAAUUUAGGACUGAUAGAGCUAUCUAGUAUUAAUAAAGUUAGUUUAGUUUAGGUUUCCUCCUGUAGUAAAACUGGAUCAAUAAGAGAUGAUCCUUACUGGGCCUUUAGGAAGAACAAUUUAGAACUGAUAGAGUUACCCAGUAUAAAUAAAGUUAGUUGAACAUCUUAUUCUAAUUUCCCAGGCGUUCCUGGUGUAGGUCCAUAUGGUUUUGUUGGUACAAACGUUCCUGGCUUUCCUACAGGAUAUCCUCUGGGUACGAAGUGGAAAAUGACAGAUCAUGGUUAUGUUCUAGAUCAUGCUGGUUUUCAACAUCCUUUAUCCCCUCAUUCAGGUGAGGUCAGAUUAGAGAGCUUUUAGCAAAUCAAUAGACCAGGGGUCGAAAUUCCCGCUAUUCCGAAUAUACUAAAAUGCCUGACGGAAUAGUAAACUUCAUGAUCACAGUAUUCCGUUUGUAUAGUAGAAAAAAAUUGUGGUACCAAAUAUCAACAAGCAAGGGUUUUCCUCUUGUAUAAUAUAUCACUUUAUACCGGACUUUGAGCCUCUGUUCCACUUCGUAGCUAAGUUCUUGUUCGCUUGCAAUACUUGCGUAUUCUAAUUUCUUUGCACCAAUAUUAUUGUUGAUUUCAAGUCACUUUUCAACGCGCGAUUCCCAAGUUCGUUGCGAACUUGCCAAUUACGUUUCCAAGUUCGGAAAUUGGGCGCGAACUUCGCAACAUUUAAAGUCCGCAAGUUCAUUUCAGUGUUUGAACUUUGUUUUUUAUUAAUAAUUUGUUCACUGUGCAUGUUUAUUUUUUGUUAUUCAAUUAUUCAGUUCACUUUAGGAGUCUCAAGGAUGAUUUCACGAAAAUCAGAACAUUAGCGCGGACCCUGCAUGAACAGAAACAGUACAUUAAGGAAUAGUGGAUUUUCAGACGGAAUAGUAAAUAUAAAAAUCUACUAUUCCGGCUGUAUAGUACAGAAAAAUGUAAAUUUCGAUCCCUGUAGACAACUUGCAUGUUAGACUAAUUUUUGAUCUAGCCAAAAAAAUUCCCGUAAAGAACUUAUUAAAAUUAGUAAAAUUGCAAAAUUUGGUUACGAAAUGUUGUAAAAUACGGAAAAUAUAGCCUUGCGAAGUUUGCAUAUUUUGUAUAUGUUUGUAUUACGUGCGGAAACUGUUACCGGCAUUUUUGAGCCGAAAAUGGCAACAAAUUUCGCACGUAAUACAAAGAUAUACCAAAUUUGCAAACUUUGCAAGACUAUGUUUUCCAAGCUUUACAACAUCUCGCAACUAAAUUUUGCAAUUUUACUAAUUUCAUUAUGUUCUUUUUAGCUGUGGUGUUUGAUUCCCUUCUCUUUACUUAGAUUAAAAUGUAGUCUAACAUGCAAGUUGUCCAUUUUCAUCUACAAAGUAGCAUCAUUUGCCCCCUGUCAUUAUAUUUAAUACUAAUGAUCAAAUUUGAUUUCCAGCCUGCAGCUGUGGUCCAAUGGGCUGUAUCUGCCAUCCAUUUUCCUUGAAAGCCGCCAAGGGUAAGAAGCGUGACAAGGGGACACAUAAGGUCACUGGUAGUACAAAGAUGGAUAAGAAAGAACAGACAGCUUCAAAGAGAGGGACUAUCUGUAAAUGUGGUGCACUGGGAUGUGGCUGUGCUCCACUCCCCGAUGAAGAGACUGGGGCCAAGCGAGAGGAUGUGCCUGCUACGUCACCACAUCCGGUAGACCUUGCUGUUGGUUGGCCGUUUGGAUAUGGACCGAGUUUCGGUUGGGGGCCUGGAGUCGGGUAAGUCUCAACUCUGAAUAAUUUACUUAAAACUGCUGUCGGUAGUGGUCUUGAAAUACACGUCCUUUGUGGUAGAUUUUCACUAAACUUCAAGCUUUUUCUUUUUAUUCUACAGACCACUAAAGCCUCUGUGUCCGUUGGGAAAGCGCGAUAAAACGAAAAAGACUGGAUCCAAGUCACACAAACGUUGUAUAGACGCUUACUCUCCAAAUAUGGCCAAUAGCUUUGCGGCCGAGCCUUUCAUGGGAUGGCCUUUUGGACUUCAUAGUAAUAUUGGAUUUGGCUGGCCUUUUUCUGGAUGGUAAUACUUAAUUAUUUGUAUUUUUUAAAUGACGUUAUUUGUGCUUGGUUCAGUGUUAGUAUAGGAGUUUUAAACUGUUCUUCCUAGAGGUCCAGUAAGGAUCUUCUCUUUAUCUCUUAUUGAUCCAGUGUUACUACAGGAGGAAACCUAAACUAAACUAACUUUAUUUAUACUGGAUAUAGCUCUGUCAGUUCUAAACGUUUCUCCCUAUAGAGGUCCAGUAAGAAUUAUCUCUUAUUGAUCCAGUGUUACGACAGGAGGAAACCUAAACUAAACUAACUUUAUUUAAACUGGAUAGCUCUAUCAGUUCUAAACCGUUCUUCCUAGAGAUCCAGUAAGAAUCAUCUCUUAUUGAUCCAGUGUUACUACAGAAGGAAACCUAAAUUAAACUAACUUUAUUUAUACUGGAUAACUCUGUCAGUUCUAAACGUUUCUCCUAGAGGUCCAGUAAGGAUCAUCUCUUAUUGAUCCAGUGUUACUACAGGAGGAAGAAAAGUACUUGGCAAAACUGGAAGCACUCUAUCAAACUUCAGUGGAAUUUGAAAAGGAACAUGCACUAACCAAACUAGGCAUUAAUUAAUUUUCUUUUUUGUAGUUCCGGAGGUGGGUGCACUCUGGGUGGUCAGACCUAUAUCAAUAACUCAGGACGAUAACUUGGAUACAUAUACAUCUCAUGUAAGUCUUAAAAUUGUGCUUUCUACUGGAAAGUAUACUUUCAUCAGUUUUAUGUAUACAAAAUUUAAUUUCAUCUAUAACUAUGACAUCAACAACAAUUAAAUUUAAAUUAAACAUACUACCAAUUCUAAAACAUAUUUGCAUAUCUAUCCUAAAUAUUUUUCUUUUCUAUAUCUUACAGCCAAUAAACGGAUAUCCUAAACCAAUAAACUAAGAAAAACCGACUUCAAGUCUUUAAAAACUUAACCUUAGUUUAUGAAAUAACUAAUUUUUAAAAUCUUACUGUGUAAAAUAUUAAACCAAGUUAUAUUAACUCAGAUACAGUUUAUAGACGUCACUAAAAGACGUAUGUCAUGAACUGUGGUUUUGUAUACAUGUUUGUUCACUUGUAUGAACUUCUAUUUACAACAUUAUAAUGGCAACAAAGAGAGCUUUACUACGACAGCGCAGUCGAGUGUGUUGCUUGAUUUACACAAUACAACUCAAGUUGUAAGCAGGUUGCAUGCGACAGUUUUAGAUAAAAGUUGUGUGAUGUAAAUCCACCUUUACUGACGCGCAAAUAACGAACUGCUAAAGCUUUGUAAUGUUGUGAUGAUACUCAGACUCUCAGUGUACACUGAACUAAGAGAGCAGUAAAUAAACUAAGACUUCACUGUUAACUUCGAC